AUGGCAGCAAGAAAUAUUCAACAUCAUCGUAGUAAUCGAGGUGCAUCUGGUAAUUCUAAUGCAAGAUUAAUUCAGUUAUCAAAAUCUUUAUCUUGGCUUCUUCGUCAUGCUGUUAUAAAAGAAGGUUUACAAUUUCAAUCCGAUGGUUAUGUAUUUGUUGAUGAUGUACUUCGACAUCGAUCAUUUGCUAAUAAAUAUACAAUUGAUGAUAUUCAUCAAUGUGUUGCAAUAGAUGGAAAACAACGUUUUGGUCUUAAAAUAGAUGAAACAACAGGUAAAGAAAUGAUUCGUGCACAUCAAGGUCAUUCAUUAGAAGAAGCUAAUAUUGAUAUGAGAGAAAUAACAGAUCCAACUGAAUAUCCUACUGUAUUACAUGGAACUUAUAUGAGACAUUGGCCAUCGAUUAGAGAUAAAGGAUUAUCAAAAAUGAAUCGAACACAUAUUCAUUUUGCUCCUGGAUUACCUAAAGAAUCAGGUGUUAUUAGUGGAAUGCGAUCAAAUGCUGAAUUAUAUAUUGUUAUCGAUAUGGAAAAAGCAUUGAAAGAUGAUUUUAAAUUCUUUGUAUCAAAUAAUAAUGUUAUACUUUGUCCGGGUAAUGAAAAUGGUUUUCUACCAGCUCGUUAUUUUCGUUUAGUUCAAAAUCGACAUGGUGAACAAUUACCAUUACCUGUUGAUUUAUUUAAAACAACAACUUCUAAUGAGUAA